AUGAAAAUCAACGAAGGAAAUUAUCAUUUGGAGGAGCGGCUCAAAGAUGUCAAGGAGCACUUGGGAUACUCAGGUGCCGUCUCGUCCGAGGAGAUCGAUUUGGACUAUUUGAAGUCGUUGUUGGACAAGUACAUCUCCUACCCUAGCGACUGGAUUCAGUACUUCCACGAUGACCUCGGCAAAUAG